AGUGCAGAGAAAACGUCUGGCGGUCUGGAGACGAACAUAUUGCGCGACAUUAGUCCCCGGAAAAAAUGUCAGUCUUUGACAACGUGAACAAUUUAUUAUUAUAUGUUCUGCAAAUUUGAUUAGCUGACAAGUGUAAUAAAAUUUCAUUUUCGUUUAUUCGUGUAUUUUAAUCUUAUACAGUGAUUUUUUUUCUACAAAAAAGUCAUAAAUUGAGCAAUGAUUCAGCGAAAGUUCUAAGUCUCUUGGCUCAGUUGGCUUGCAUGCAAGUGCUGAAAUGACUGAUAUUUUUGCUCAACUAGCACAAAUGUCAAAAGCAGUGAAGCCAAGUCAAUAUGCAUUAGUCCAAUGGGCUGAUGGCGUUCGAAAAGGACAUUUCACUCCUGACGUCCCGAUCGGCUGGAUCAAAGAUUUUAGUGACAAGAAAUUUUUGAAUGGUGAACAGCUGUAUGAGAUAGAGUGUUAUCCGAUCAACAAAAAUGGCGAAUCAGAAUACUGGCGAAAGCCACUUGCGCAGUUCCACAACGGUCGUAUUAUCGAAAUAUCAGAUUCUCAAGAAAAGCUUGAACGAACUUUGAAGUCACUUGGUGGAAAGAAAUAUUCAGAGCCUGCAAUUCAUUCGGUGCUGGAGCGAGCCAGUAUACCAAAUCGUUCUUUACCUCCUGAUAGUUCAAGUAAAUUAUCCUUGAAUUUUAAAGAAAACAACACCGAAAAAUUGAAUCAACCAGAUGAUACUUUACAAGAGAACCUCAAUGAAAUUCAUAAUACUAACGAAAAUCAAAAUAAUAAAACAGUUGAUAGUAUCAAAAAUUCAACAUCUCAAAGUAUCAGAGAUCAGCGUAACAAGAGACGAGACAAGACCCCACGGAUUACUUUGAAAUUGAAGCGAGUGCAGGAAUCGAUUAGGGUUCCGGAAUUUAUUUCGGAAGAUAACUAUGCAUCUUUACAAGAAAAUAAUUCAGAAGUAGUCUCGACGCAUGAAUCACCAACAUCAUCAACAAUGGUCAUUGAAUCAAUCAGGACUGCUCAAAAUCAUUUAAAAAUUUUUCAUAAAGAAAGUAAUGAAAUCGAGGAAGAUGAACACGAUCUAAAUGAAGAAUCUUCAUCGAACUUAGAAGAUGAUCAGACAGGUUAUGAAGACAUUACUUUAGAAGACAUCAUGAACAAAAUGAAACAAAUGGAUAAUACUAUUCAAGAUAUUUAUCAAAUAAUAGUCGAACAAAAAAAUUUGAAUAAAAAAAUGAAAUAUAGAGAUGACCGAGGAAAUAAAAUUAAAAAAAUACAAAAUCCCCAAUCUAUGCUGGAUAGUGAUCCACACCAUAGUACGGUCCAAUAUGGUCCAACAAAAACAGCAGAUAGUGAUGAUGUUUCAAAACGUAUUCCACUAGAAUAUGAGAUCAAUGGAGAAGGUUGUUCAUCACCAUCAAGCUCAUCACAAAAUGAUGUUGAGAAGGAUCCUGAAGAGGAUUUGAUUCUGAUUGAUUUCAAAGAAUGCCAGCCUAUUAGUGACUUGAAAAAUACGUUACGAAAUUCUGUGCUUGGAAUAAAUGUGUUGAAUUAUUAUCGGACAGAAGAAAAUUUACUGCUAAAUCACCGAGUUUAUCUAGCUGAUGCAAUACUCAACAUUGAAAUGAGAACCAGUCAUGAUAUGCAAAUAACUCCAGAGCGUUUUUUUCAACUGGCGAAUAUGAUAUCAGAACUAUUUCCAACAGAAAAGACAGAAAAUUAUUAUGUGCCAUCUACCUGUCUGAAUACAGUGCAGAAUGAUAAUAUUCCUGCAACCGGUAAACUGUGCGAGAGAUAUAAAUUCUUUCACAGCUACUUGCGUGACGAAAAUAAAGGUUGUAGAACGGUGUCCCCGAGAAAAUCUACCAGACUUUCGAUUUCGAGAACCUAAAUUUAUGCUUAUUUUUAUAUUUUAUUACGUAUACAUAACAUGCUUUCAUACGUUGGCAAGCCCUUAGGGUAGGAGAGAAAAUUCCCACCAAAAUAAACUUUUGUUAAAUGAAAAUGAAAAGUAUUAUAGCUCUUCAACCGAUAAACGUAAUUCCCAAUACACCGAAAACAAUUUCUCGAGAAUGCCACCGUUAUAAGUUUAAUUAUAGCAGUAUGGUUACAUCCACUAAACGUAUAGUGAUUGUAACUACUUGUUCAGCUGUGAUAACUGAACUUAUUCCAAGUAAUCCAGUUAACCUAUCACAACCAUACUCAUGGUGCACGGAGAAAAGUUUCCAAUAAGAAUUGUUGUGCUGGCACAGUAAAGAAGUGGCCAAAUGAGAAUUUAAUAAAAACUGUUUUACCAGCAAAUAAAUUUUGUUAAACACAGCACAGUGAAUUUUACAGUCCUGGCACAGUAAUGUAAUAAAUCGGUGAUUAAUGUGGAUGACGAUAAUAAUUUACACAAAUAACCUUCUUUUAUUUUAAAGUUUUAGUUUUGCCCUGCACAGUUAAAUAACAUCAGGCGGGUUUAAAACCAAGCGGUAAUUUGAGAUGAAUAAUGGAUUAAACGUUAAAUAAAUACUGAAACACUACUUUAAUUUUAAUUUGCAAUUUAUGUAAAAUAUAUUUAAGAGACAUUAUGAAUCUUGCCGAGUACAAUAUAUUAAUAUUAUAGUUAUGAAUUUGAUCAAGACUAUCUUUUUCGGAACUCGCGUUAAUUGAGUACUCGACAAUCUUUGACAGUUUUAUUACGGCACUUGGAUAUGAUAUUUAUCAAGAACUUCCAUUUGUAUGAAGAAAAACAUGUUACAAUCGGAUUGAACAACAUUUGACCAAAACGCAGAAAGCGGACUCUAACUGAGCGACCAAGACUUCCUCCGUGAUACUUAAUGCUUUAGGUAGAUUGAUUUUGUGGUUUUAAGUUGAAUUGUUGUAGGUAUGAUUGAUUUUGAUAUUUUAAUGAUUUUACUUGCACUCAAAAAAUUUUCUGGCGAAUGCCACUGUAAAAAGUUCAGUCACAGGAGUAUGGUUGCAGUCACUAUAUGUUCAGUGAUUGCAACUAUUUGUUCAGCUGUGAGAGCUGAACUUAAUUCAAGUAAUCGAGUUCAGCUACCACAACCAGACUUAUAGUGGUCUCGGCUGAAGUAUCGUGCCCUUAGCUAUACACGCAUGCGCAUAUAACGUUAGACGUAUUUUUCCCAUAUUUUUGAAAUUAAAUAUUAAUUAUAAAUAAUAAUUGUUCAUAGAUAAUUUUAGUAAAAAAGAAACUAAAAAAAUAACAAGAUGAUUUUAUGGAAAAGUAGAAGUUAACAUAUUUUUUUUGUUAAUAAAGCAUAUGUCAAAAAAUUAAAAUUAAAAUUAAAA